CUAGCCACUGAAAAAAAAAGAGAAAGAGUUUAUUUUUGAUAUGAUGAAGAUGAUGAUGAUGAUGAAAUGAGAUAGAGAUAUAGCAGACAGAACAACACAACAACAGAACAACAAGCUGGCUCAGCCAAGUGUUCACUGUUGUUGUGGACUUGUGGAGUUGUGGUGUGUGGUGUAUAUAAAGUGUGGAUGCUGAAAUGAUACAACUUUUGUUGUGAUUAAUUAAUUGUAUAUAAUGAAUUAAUUUGUGUAAUAUAUAAAUUUUAAUUAAUGUAGAAAAACAAAUAAAGUUUUUUUUUUAGAAAUGGCAGAAAAUAGAUUUGAAGGUAAUGCUGGGAAGAGAAAAACAACAAAACUUAGAAUUGCUAGUAAUGAAACUCUAGGCUUGACAACAGCUGAAGCAUUAGAAAAACUUACAAAUGACAUUCGUAAUGUAUUAGAACAACAUGAAAAAAAAUCAUGGAAAAAUAAAAGCUAUAAAGGAUGGUUAAAAGAUGCAUUACAUCAUAAAAGUCAAUAUACAACACUUUGUUGGACAUCUGCAAUGGCACUUAUUAUUAAUUCAUUGAGUUUAAUUAUUGGAACAAUUUAUAAAUCAGAUAAUGGAUCAUCAUCAUCAUCAUCAUCAUUGCCAUAUGAAGGAUUAAUUGUAUUAUUAUUUGUAAUAUUUAAUUUUAUUUUAGUUGUUGCUGAUAAUAAAUUACGACACAAUGAAAUACCCCAUCGAGUACGUAUAUUAAUUAAAAAAUUAGAAUCAGCACAAAAUAUAUGUAAAUGGGAAGCAGAAAAUUAUCCUCAUCUAUGUACACCAUUAUCACCAUGUUUAACAUUACAAUGGACAUAUCGUGAUGGUAAAAUAAUUAAUUUACCAUGGGCAUUAUUAGUUAUGGGUGAUAUUAUUGUUAUAAAACCAGGUCAACAAGUACCUGGUUAUUGUAAACCAUUUGACUGUCAAAAUGAUCCAAAGCUAUAUGCCAAAGAUAUAUAUAAUCCACCAGCACACAGUACAAAUGAAAUAUUUUCAACUCCACAAGCACGUUUACCACGACAAAAUAAAUUAUAUAUGUUAUAUGAAACUCCGUAUUUAACAAAUUUACGUAUGGCAUUGGAGCAAGCACUUGUACGACCAGUAACAUAUUACAAUCGUGAACGUCAUUUAGUUAUGAUUUGUUGUAUUGAACAAUUAUUAUAUCCAAUAAUAUUAAUUAUUAUAUUUAUAUCAAAUUUAUUACGUUAUUUAUAUCUUUUUGAUAAUUUUGGUAUUGGUCAUUGGGUUGAUAUAUUUAUUAAUCAACCAAUUGCAACAACACUACCAUUAUUACCAAUUGUAUUUUCACAAUAUUGGAUUGUUCUUAAUUGUUUUGGUAUGGCUAGAUUUAAAGCACUAUUUGAACUUUAUCAAUCAUCAAAAAAAAUGCCAUUUAUAGAUCCAUUUGAUGAUACAGAUAUUUCUGGACCAAAUAAUCCAGAUGUUGUUUAUAAUUGGUCUGAAUUAAAAGAAUAUUUUUUUGAUAUACUUCUUGGAAGAGAAUUUAUGAUGUCAAGAUCAGCAAGUAUUCUUCAUGUUCUUGGAUCAGUAACUGCUUUGUGUUGUGUUGACAAAAAAGGUAUACUAUCAUGGGCAAAUCCAACAGCUGAAAAAGUAUUUUUUUUACGUAAUGCAAGUACAUUGUCAAGAUCAUCAAGUACAGUUAGUCUUGAAAAACAACAAGAACCACAAAUGAAAACAAAUGAUGCAAAUAAAAGUAAUGAUAAAACCGAUAAAAAUGAUACAACCAAAAUACCAUAUUCACAAUCAGAUAUAUCACACUCAGUUGCUGAAGUACUUGAUUUAACACAUGAUCAUGCAUUACCAUUUAGAUUACAAUUUGAUGAUCAAUCAUGGAGACAACAUUUGAAUUCAUUAAAACCACUUGGUUUAGCAAUAUUAUUAAAUACAUGUAACAUGGAAACACAAGAACAUUAUACAAAAUUUUGUUGUCAUGUUACAUGUGAAGCAUUGUACAAUGAAAAUCUUGUACCAGUUACAAAUAGAAGGAGCCAGGAUAACUGCAAUAGAAUUGAUUUAAUCAGUAGAGCUAGAAUGCCAUAUUCAAAUGAUCAAUCACAUUCGUAUGAAGAAAUUGGAAGCCUUGGAAACAAGUGGUGUUUGUGUGAACUUGCCAAACAAAUUGGCUUUCAAGAUCAAGCUCAAGAAAUAUUUCAACUUGAACAACAAUUGGCAACAUUUAGACAUGUGCAACCAGAAAUGGUUAGACGUGAUAUUAAAUUUGCUCGUUCACUGAGUAUUGCAACAAAAUUAAAAUUUCCAUUUCCACAUAUGAUGGCAGUUGUUGUUAAAGAACGUGCUGGUGCUGGAUUACAAUUAUUAACACAAGGUACUGCUGAUGUUAUUCUUGAUUCAUGUAUUGAAUUUUGGGAUGGGCAUGAUCUUUGUCCAUUGACACCAGCUGAUAGAAAAAAAGUACAAGAUUUUUAUCAAAGAUCAAGCUUAACAGCAUACUGUACAGCAUUUGCAUACAGACCAUUGAUACGUGGUGUUAAUAAUAAAUUAUCAAAUGUUUAUUUGGAACUUCCAUCAGAUUGUAAACAUUUAUAUGCACCACAUAGAAGUCCAACACCAAUACCAUGGGAUUUUAGAAAUAUUUUAGAUCCACGUGCAAGAAGUUUAUUUGGACAAUUUCAUUCAACAGAUUCUUUACUUUGUAAUGAAAAUAAAGACGAUGAGGUAAAUGAUGUUGACAGUUGUUUUGAGCUACAGUGCAAUCAAAUAUUUAUUGGAAUGGUAACAAUGCAAUAUCAGGCUCAAGCUGAUAUGGUACAACUUAUUGAACAAUUAGAAAGAGCAUGCAUAAGAUUUGUUCACUUCAGCAAGGAAAAUGAAUUACGAUCUCGUGUAUUCUCAGAGAAGAUGGGUCUUGAAAGUGGAUGGAAUUGUCACAUUUCAUUACUCAGUGAAAAACCUAGAUCAGAAAGUCCAAUCGGAGGUUGGGUGAGUCAAGCAGCAGCCAUGUCCUCACCAACACCAUCCGUACAAUCUUACCAGAAUAAUUAUAACUGCAUGGACGAGGCAAGCCAAUUGCUUUAUCCUCGUAUUAAUAAUCCUCGUACAAAUUUAGAUUCUAGUAAAGCAAUGAGUAUGUCAGCACCAAGUGCAAUUAAUACUGAUUAUUCAAUUGUUAAAUUUGAUGAUGAAGCAACUGAAUGGCACAAUGCUGAUCCAUCACAAGCUAAAAGUACAACAAGCCAAAGUUUAAAUCAAAAUGGAAAUAUUGAAGGACUUGAAUCAGUAGAAAAUGAUACAAUUAAAAGUGACGACAGUGUACUUGUACAAAGUGUUGAUCUUGGUUGUGGUCAAGAAAUAUGGAGAUCAUUAAGUUGUUUAACUGAUAGUACUGAACAAAGUGCACCAGUUAAUUUUGAUUUAUCAAAUAGAGCAAAAUUACCACGAGGUAUUGAUAAAAUAAGACCUCAUAUUGAAUUAAUUGAUAAUGUACCAUUAUUAGUAUCAUUAUUUACUGAUUGUAAUACUGCUGUAACACGUGAAAUGUUACAUAUUAUGCAGGAUUAUGGUGAAGUUGUUUGUGUAUUAGGUUCAUCAGCAAAUGCUGAAAAUAUGGCAAUAUUUAUGCAAGCUGAUGCUAGUGUUGCUGUUGAACCACUUUAUCCUCAAGUAUGUCAAAAAGUACCAGUUAUUAUUGAUACUAAAGAUGAACAAGGACCAUCACCAAUUGAUUUAAGUAGAUCAUUAAAUUCAAUAGCAUGCUCAUUGAGUGUUAAACGUGAAGAUUCAAUUGCCCUAUUUCAUUUUGUUAUGGAAGCUAGAGAUUAUAUGAAAUGUCUUACAAAUUGUGUACAAUUUUGGUUGUGUUGUAAUGUUACAUUAUCAUUUACACAAUUAUUAUCUUGUUUUUUAUUAUUACCACCGAUAUUUACUGUUGGACAAAUAUUAUGGCUUACAUGUUUGAUAAUACCAUUAUUAUCUGUAUCAAUGAUUGCAACACCAACUGAUCCAACAAUAAUGCAACGUGCAACUGGUAAAAAUCAAUGUGUUGUUAAUGGUAAAACAACAAUGUUUGUAUUGUGGUGUUAUGGAAGUAAAUUUUUACCAACAAUUCUAAUAACUGUUACAUUUCAAAUGUUUAUGUACAUGAUGAUUUGUCCAAAUUUUACCAACAAUGAUCAUAAAUGCUUUUAUGUUUAUCCAAAUACAACAAGUAAUUUUACCUGGGGUGGGUGGGGUAAAUAUCCAAAUAUUAUAUUGAUUAUACAGCAUCUUGCAUUGACAAUUAUUGUUUUACAUUUUGUUACAAUAUCAAGUGGUUUUGUACAUAGAGAAUAUUCAAUUUGGCGAAGAUUGCCAUUUACAAAUUGGCCAUGGUUUUUUUGUGGAUUUUUAGUUCUGGCAUUGCAAGCAUUUUUCUCAUUUAUUUAUCUCUAUGAUAUUAUUAAAAUUGAACAAAAAAAAUUUAUAAAUUUACCAAUACAUUUAUCAGUAUUUUUAAUGCUAUCAUUACCCUUGGUUUUUGUAAUAAAUGAAUUUGUCAAAUGGCAAGAAAUUAAAGCAAAUGUCAGAUAUCAAAAAAGAGCACGACUAGAAUUUGGAACAAAAUUAGGCAUGAAUUCGCCAUUUUAAAAUGAUAAUUUUUUGAUUUUUUUUUUUUUUUUCAAUGCCAAAUAUUUGCCUACUUACAAAAUAAAUUAAAUAAUAUAUUUAAAUAUUUUUGUCAUUGACGAUGUGGUCCAAAUGAAAAAUGAUAAAAAUAAUUUAUUAAUAUUUACAAUUAAUACGUAUAAAAAUGCACAUUGUAAUGUAUUUUUUUUUUUUUUUUUAUAAUCAUUGCUUUUAUUAAUUAAGCAUUUAAGCAUAUUUCUAUUUGGACUUCAGAGAAAUAAUAUUUUUAUACAACCAUAAACAUUUUUUAAAAAAAUAUAUAAAAAAACAAGUCAACCAUAUUGAUAAUAGUAUUUCAAUGCGAUAAAUAUCCAAAAAUAAUUAAUUAUUACCAUAAAAAUAUUUGAUAUUAUUUAUUAAAUUUAUAUACAUACUACAAAUGGCAAUAGCAAUAAAUUAUUUCAAUAUCUUUUGUGUGUGUGUGCAUUAGUAAAUUCUAGAAAAUUAAAUUAUACAAAAAAAAAAUAAAAAAUAACUAAUUAAAUUAUUAAAAAUAUUGUUGUGGAUGGUUGAAAAAAAAACUAGCAAUUGAUAAAUUUAUUGAAUCAUUGUCAUGUUAAUUUUAUAUUUAUUUAUUCAAUGUAAAAAAAAAUAAUUGUAAUAAAAUAAAUUAAAUCGAAAUAAUGUUAUUUUUUAAUAUACAUAUUUAUUCAUUUUUUUUUUCAUAUUAUUUUCAAUUAAAAUUAAAAUACUCUGUACAAUAAAUAUAGCAAUAAAAAAAAUUGCACAAUGAAAUGAUUCGUAUAAUAUUUUUGGUGAAAAUACUGUCCAUAUGAAUAAAUGAUAUCUUUGCAUGCUUAUAAUUAUUGUGUAAAAUAAAAAUGGUAAAAAAUGUAUAACAAGACAUUGUUGAUUUAAAUUAAUUAUCAUUGAUGAAUAUUCAUUAUUAUUAUUAAUUGUUUUGAUGUAUAUUAAUAUUAAAUAUUCAAUAAUUCUCGAUGAAAAUGUGUUGAUUGAUAAAUAUAUUGUUGCAAUUAUUGGAUUGUAUGAUGUUAAACCAACAUAACCAGCAGCAACAUCAAUUGUUGCUAAACUAUUUGAAUUACCCUGAUAAAAAUAAUAAACAUUACCAAUUAAAUAACUAAUAAAUAUACAAUUUGUAUCAUUUGUUAUAUAUUUAUGAAUAACAAUACUUGUCACUAUUUGAACUGGUAAAAUUAUCACAUUAUGAGGACGAUGAAGUAAUGCUGAUAUCAUUAUUAAAACUUCAAUGAAAAUAAAUAUUAUUUG